AAUCAACAUUGGCUUGGAUGAGCACACAGUUUCAUAAAACUUCAAACAUCAUGGGGUUGAAGUCGGGCAUCAAUUUUUCUCAAGAUGUGAGAUGGCUGUUAUUGGGUUCCAUAACCAUUGGCUCAAUGGAAUUGAUUAUGUUGGGAAUUCAAAAGCAAAGGACUUUAAAGGGUACACACUUCCGCUGACAAGAUCCAUUGUAUUAUCUGGCCAAUAUGAAGACGAUCAAGAUAACUACGAUGAAGUUGUCUACACAGGCCAAGGAGGAAAUGACUUACUUGGCAAUAAGCAUCAAAUCAAAGACCAAGUCAUGCUACGGGGUAACCUUGGCCUGAAGAACUGUGUUGCGCAAGGUGUGCCCGUUCGAGUAACUCGUGGACAUAAAUGCGAGAGUAGUUAUGUGGGAAAGGUUUACACAUAUGACGGUUUGUAUAAGGUUGUAAAUUAUUGGGCCGAAAAAGGCGUUUCUGGAUUUACUGUCUACAAGUUUCGCCUUAAACGUAUUGAAGGACAACCUCCACUGACAACAAACCAGGUUCACUUUGUUCGAGGUGGUGCUCCAAGUUCUAUCUCUGAUAUAAGAGGGUUGGUGUGUGAGGAUAUUUCAGGGGGUCUUGAGAAGAUCCCCAUUCCUGCCACAAAUCUUGUUGAUAAAGAGCCUAUUCCACCUCCAGGCUUUACUUAUCUCAAGGAGAUGAGAUGGCCAAAGGAUAUAACAGUUCCUUCAUCUGGACCGGGUUGCAAUUGUCGCGGUUCAUGUUUUGACUCCAAAACCUGUUCUUGUGCAAGAUUAAAUGGUUCGGACUUUCCAUAUGUUAGCAUUGAUGGCGGCAGGCUCAUUGAACCAAAAGCGGUUGUUUUUGAGUGUGGUCCAAAUUGUGGCUGUGGACCAAAAUGCAUCAAUCGCACAUCUCAAACUGGGCUUCGAUUUCGGCUCGAGGUAUUCCGUACACCUAACAAAGGGUGGGGUGUAAGGUCUUGGGACUAUAUACCCUCAGGUGCACCUAUUUGUGAGUACAUUGGCCGACUGAUGAAGACAGACCAAGUCGAUCCCAAGACCGAUACCAGCUAUGUGUUCGAUAUUGAUUGCUUGCAGACCAUGAAGGGUUUAGAUGGUAGAGAGAGGCGGUUGAGAGAGGUGACAUUGCCUGACCACGUGGAGAGUGACAGCGAGAAAGCCUCCGCACCCGAGUUUUGUAUCGAUGGGUUUUCUUGUGGUAAUGUCUCUAGAUUUAUCAAUCAUAGUUGCCAACCUAAUCUCUUUGUGCAAUGUGUGUUAAGCAACCAUCAUGAUAUCAAGCUUGCACGAGUUGUUCUUGUAGCUGCGGAUAACAUUCCUCCACUACAGGAGCUCUCAUAUGACUAUGGUUAUGAGCUAAAUAGCGUUACAGACGCUGAUGGAGAGAUCAAAAGGCUCGAUUGCUAUUGUGGUGCAGCAGAGUGCCGGAAGCGCUUAUACUAGGGUUAAAAUCUGCCUUCAUUAAAUCAACUCGAUUUUUGAUUGUCAAAUUUUUUGUUCAAUCUACACUGUAAGGCAAAUUGUUUUUAUAUUGGCCUUUCUUUUAGUUAAUACACUCUUAAAGUGAGG